AUGAAAUUUGUUGAACUGUUUCUGGAUCAGAUGAAUAAUGAUAAGUUCCUUGCAAGGGACAAAGAAGGUAUGACUGCCCUUCACAUCUCAGCGACGAAUGGACAUGUUGAUGUAAUUACAACACUGAUGGACAAAUGUCCAGACAUCUACCAAUUGUUGGAUGAAAAUGAUCCAACAGCUCUUCAUGUUGCAGUUGAAAGUAGAGAGGAAAAAGUGGUGAAAUUUUUUCUUCAAUCGAUUACAUUUCAAGAUCUUGUAAAUGAGAAAGACAAAGAAGGAAAUACAGCUUUUCAUUUGGUCUCUGCUCAAGUUGAUGUCCAAAUUUUAGGAAUGCUGGCAAAUGACUCUAAUAUUGAUAAAAGGGCUACAAACGAUGAAGGAAUGACAUUUGUUGGCAUUAUCCUAUCAAACAAGAAGCUCAAGGAUAUAGAAAUUGCAGUAACUAACAUGCAUACACGUGCCCAGUUGAAAAUAAUGCUGGAGUUGAAGAUAGAUACUGGUGUAGCAAGUUCGGAACAGAACCACAUCAUAGCUGCUGCUACCUUUGCAGUGACUGGUCAACAGGAGGCAAUUUCGAAAGCUGCUCAAUUGGAAGCAAAAGUAACAAUGGUUGUUGCUACAGGCUUACAAGUAGCCUAUCCUGGAAGUCUUCCUCGUGUCAUCUUAUUAACACUUGUGUUACUGUUUCCCAUCGUCUUCACGGCUAUUAUGUUUACAGCAGUAAAUACUAUUAAAAUGUUCAGAUCUACCAGGAGAAAAGAGCCUCACAACACCGUUAGUGGACUCUGGAGCUGA